CUCAGGUGUUUGGCGCCCCAACGUUACCUUUUUCCAACUUUCUAACCUGUAGCAAUUGUCAAUGGCACCGCUCGAUCUGGGAGAUGUCGGAAACGCUAUACAAGGCGCCGGAGAAAGCGCUGUCAACGGUGCUGAGGGUGUAGUGGGAACUGUAACUGACAAGGCCGCCGGUGCGGUGGCAACGGCGACUGACAAAGCUAAAGGUGCUGUUGCGUCCGCGACAGCAAUAGCAGGAGACGUGGCAAAUGGUGCCAGCCAAGCAGCUGGCCUGCUCAAAUGGAUGGAAAAGAUUCAAGAUUGGAUAACCAAAAUUGAAGGCUAUUGGGAUGAAUAUAAGAAUUUAAUCAUAUUUAUAUUCGCGGCCAUUGUGACACUCUACGUCCUCUGCAUCCUCUAUUGUUGCUACCACUGCGUCCAUGACUUCUGUCGGUGCUGCUGCUGUUACGUCAAAUGCACAUACAAAUGUGAGAGGUGGUGUUGGCGCCAUAGAGGCCCUUGUAUCAGCUGCUGCAAAUCAGGAUGCCAUGCCGUUGAAAGGCAAGACUAUCACAAGUGCUCGCGAUGCUGCCUGAAGUCAGUCCCAAGGAGUAUCCGAAAUGAGCUGGAACGGCAACAUGGAGAUCUGAGGAAGGGAUGGUGGGAUCCCACGUACUUUGCAAGAGCUUGUGGAAGAUAUGAACUACCUGAAAAUCCAGUAGAAAGAGCGAAAUGGCAUUGGUGGGGUCAUGAAGAGGGUUGGGUUCACAAUGGUGUCGAGUCAAGCUUGCAGUGCCUGGGCAGGACAAUUGACAAGAACAAGCGAUUGACGAAGGAGCUCAGUUCAGCAGCGCGGAGAGAUGAGCAUUUUACCAAGUUAUUUCAGCAAAUGAGCAGAGCCGAGGGAAGAAUGAGACAAGAAGGGGGAGAUCUAAAGGAUAGGAUUAACCACCAGUGGGCUGCACGGAAAGGUCUUGUGCAUAAAUUGGACAGGAAACUUACAAAAGCGGAGAAGAAAAUCUUGGAUAGAGCCCAAACGCGACUAGAAAAGAAAAUGGAGAGCGAACAUUGGAAUUCAGAUGACUCCGAGAUGGAGAGUGAGGAUGAAAAACCAAGAAUGGGGGAUAGGGGAGAAACGGUUUGA